AUGCCGCGGCCGCCUUGCGCUCCAGUCUAUGCAAUGCGACGCAUGCCCGCCUCACUAGCCCUCGGCCUAGCUUCUCAACACCAAGCCACUGCUCGCGACUGCGACGCCGAUACCCAGGCAUAUGACGAAAACCGUCCACAGCCCUCUGCCAAACGCCUGCUCCUCCGCAUCUGCUUCGACCUCUCGGCGCUGGCGAACCUGUGGGGAAUGACGUUGACUAGCAGUGCAGCAAUUCAACAAAGCAAAUCCGCCUGCUGUCGAGGCCCGGGAGGACCCCGGAUCCACCUCAAGGGCCCUUAUCAUGAUCGGUGCCCUAUCCUGCAUGUGCUGCGCCAACACGACAUUGACCCCAUCACCCAGCUGUACAUAUCUGUGUCCCAGUCCCCUCUUUUCAAUCCCGAUGCCUCGAGCCCGCUCAGCUCCUGCUGGAACGCGCGAAGGACAAGCCAACCAUGGGCUAUCUUUCAGUGGAUACGGCGAGCCUCCAUGGAUCAUGGCCGUGUUUGA